AUGCACCACACUCGCAGGAAGUCGGGCAACACGUCCAUGACGGACGUGAAGAAGACCGUCACUGCUACUGAUCCCACCCGCUACAGCAAACGCCCUACAACCCUCUCCAGACGUCAAACACCUGUCACGGCGCAAAAGCUGGGCAAGAAUCCCAGAGAGCGGGAGCGUGAAUGGCAAGACUCGUGGGACGAUGAUCGGGAGAGCUUCCCUCAAUUCUGCAUGACCUGCGAAAAGCAAUUCGUACCCCAAGACCUCAAGACACUCUACUGCUCAGAAGCGUGUCGUCUACAUGACCAGCAAAGCGCAUCAAUCGGCAGAAGUCACAGCCAGGUGCACGCGGGCAACUACCCAUUCUACGCUGCAGGCAACCCCGAACCGAGAGACAUUGUCCCUCGCGCAUCUCCGUCAAGGCCAAACUCGAUGCACUUCUCCCCACCCUCGACCCCUGGGGCCACCAGCGGUGCUCAGUACUCAUCCGCCAUCUCCGCGUUGAGGUCCCUCAGCAUCCGGCCCCCAAGCCCGCCGUCCCCCACAUCGUCUCACCCCAGCUUGUGGCCCUUCAACAAGAGCAGCGCCGCCAGCCCCAGCUCCUCCUACAACCGCAGUGGCAGUGGGUUCUUCCCCGCAACCUACGACGGCGGUUACACGUCCACCGGCUACACCUACAACUACAGCUCCAGUGGCAUGGAUCGGCCGUUGCCGACGCGGAGACCCACUGGCCCGGGUUACUCAAGGCCAAAAAGCAUCGAAUUGGUCACCCCGAUGGUCGGUCGCUAA